AUGAGAUUAUGGACCGUGUUGGCCUUGUUGGCCUCUUUCAUCGCUUCCGUGCAUGCCCAGUCUGCUUUGCUGGCGUUGGCGGCUGAGAUGCCCAAAUGCUCCUUGACAUGCUUCACCAAAGAGCUUCCCAAGUCGACAUGUGCCACCAACCUUACCUCGGCAUGCAUGUGCAGCAACGAUGAGUUGAACGCCAAGGUUGGACUCUGUGCCAUGCAGACUUGCACCGUCGCCGAACUUCUGAAGACUAAGAAUGUUUCCAUGAACGGCUGCGGUGCCCCGAUCCGUGACAGUGGCUCUACCUUCACUGCCAUCGGUAUCACCGGCAUGGUUCUCGCUGGUGUUGCCUACCUCCUGAGAAUGGCGGCCAGUCUGGGCAAGGGCGGUCGCCAGAUUUCUUGGGAUGAUGCUACCAUGGGCCUUGUCGUGCUUCUUGCCAUCCCUCCUGCCGUCUUCGCCCCAGUCCUGGUUCAGAACGGAAUGGGCAAGGACAUGUGGACGCUGCAGCCGUACCAGAUCACUAACGUGCUGUACUACUACUACUUCGGAGAGAUCUUCUACGUCGUCGCCCUCGGUGUGUCCAAGAUCUCCAUCUUGUUCUUCUACCUCCGCGUCUUCCCGGCCAAGGAGUUCCGUACCCUCAUCUGGAUCGUCAUGGCCUUCGCUGUCGUUUACACCGUCGUUUUCGGAAUCGUCACGGCUUUGCAGUGCUGGCCCGUCAGCCACGCCUGGAACCAGUGGGACGGGCUCCACGAGGGUCACUGCAACAACAUUCACAUUCAGGGUUACGUGGCGGCGGCGGUCAACAUUGCUCUGGACACGGUCGUCAUGGUUCUCCCGCUCAAGCAUUUGGCCAACCUCAACAUGGACCUGAAGAAGAAGAUGAUGGUCAUGGCCAUGUUUUCGGUCGGUAUCUUCGUCAUCUUCACCUCGGCCAUCCGUCUGUACUCUCUCGUGCACUUCGCCAACUCGCAGAACAUCACCUGGGACUACGUCGAGGCCGGCUACUGGAGUUUGAUUGAGGUGUACGUCUCGAUUCUCUGCGGAUGCAUGCCUGCCCACCGCUUCGUCUUUGCCAAGGCCUGGCCCAAGAUCAAGUCGACCAUGGGUGGAACCAAGAAGUCGACCAACGCGAGCUCCAACUUCUCGGCCUCGGCCGGCACGGCGACGAACAAGACGGCCACGACGGUUUCGACCAAGCCCAAGAACGGAGACGAAGGCGACUUCGUGCCACUUGUGGACGUCGAGACGAACAGUGCUCGUGCCAUCUCGGCCAACGAGUCAACGCACACAGAGCAGAAGUCGUCAUGGAUUAUGCAAACUAGCACGGUGCAGAUUUCUUCAACUGAGGGACAGCUGCAGAAUCGACCGGAUAGCUGGACGAUGGGACACGGGCCGGGGAGCAAGGAGCACGUGUAA